AUGGCAGGAAGAGUGAAACUCGAACUUACUGAUCCAGCUGAAUGCCAAGUAUUUGACAAAAGUGACGGGACUGAGAUAGACGAUGUUGACUGUUUGGCAACAUAUGAGAAAGGCAGUGUUUUCAUAAUAGGGAAGGAAUGGAAACCAGUCUGGUCGGAAGACGAGGGCUGUAGCAGACCGAUUGGGAAUAUGGAAGGUCCAACGAAAAUUGAUAGUUGGACAGGCGAUGGUGGUAUUGUAUCAAGUGAAGAAGUGACUGCGGAGGAAAACAGAUUAAGCGAGGAUGUCGAGUUGACCGAGGGUUUGGAAGAUUUUGGAGAAACAAGCAACCAAUUACACAAGGAAAGCAUCAUUGUGGAAGAUAAUCAGAAAGAACAAAGGCACGAAGAAAAAAAAAUGAACGAAGGAGAAAUUGAACGUGGUAAGAAGCGAACACUGAUGGAAGAGCUUCUGGACAGUGAUUUCAAAAAGAAAAAAACGUUUGGUAAUUAUAUAUAUUAGUAAUUAUAUAUACAGUAGUCUCCUGCUAACUCGAACUCGCUUAACUGGAACUCCUCGAACUCCUCGCUAAUUAGAACAAAAUUUGUUUUCCCCUGGUCAAAUUUAUCCCGUUAACUCGAACUUUGUUUUCGUGUCGUGGAUCGGCAAACCUUAAAAUGUCAUGUUUUUGACAACCGGUAACUUGGAUUUUUAUUCAAAUAACAACAAUUUAAUCGGUGUAUAAAUGAUCAUAAAUUUUAAAACACGGGCGAUUUUUGCUGCGAUUUUAGUUGCGAUUUUCUCCUUUUGGAAGAUGUGAAGGAGUAGAUUACUUAAUAAUGUUGUCAUGUGAAUUCAUAACCUGGAACAUUUAUAACUCAUCCACUCAUUCACAUCUUCCAAAAGGAGAAAAUCGCAACUAAAAUCGCAGCAAAAAUCGCCCGGGUAAACGGGCCUCAUGAAAUAAAAAAAUUCUAACAGUUGGCAGUUGCUACCUGCGACGUCCUUCUUCAGAGUAUCAGAGUAUAAAACGUAGUUAUAUUACAUCAGCUGUAUGCAUGGGCGUAUUUAAUUCAGUAUACUACCGCUUGUCGCAAGGGAUUUUAAAGGUAGUAAAUAUGUUCGUUGUAACUCAACGUGCUCAUUUGGCGAGUCCAUACCAGAAUGCACCAGUCUUUGUCAAAGAAACUUACCAAUGGACCAUUUGCAUUAUAGACUAAAUUUUGAUCUAGACAAAAAUUUCAUCACAUGCAGCUUGAAAGAGCAUCACAAAAUUAGUAAUACUCCAAAGUUUCGUUGCGAAAUGUUUAAAAUGCGGAUAAUAUAGCCUUGUGAAGUUUGCCGUUUUUCAGUCAUUUUGUAUUACGCACGGGAAAUUGACAGUCCAAUCGGCAACCUCGCAAGCAAGGGCCUCCACACCCGCGGCGGGACAGAGACCCUUGUAAAGGCUGGUCACGUGACCUCCCAGAUUCUGGAAGGUAAAUCAAAUUAUACUGAGAGAGGGGUGGUUGAGGAGCGGGUCUGUAAAUUUCUCAUAUUCCCCAAAUAUGAGAAAUUUACAAACCCGCUCCUCAACCACCCCUCUCUCAGUAUAAUUUGAUUUACCUCCCAGAAUCUGGGAGGUCACGUGACCAGCUUUUACAAGGGUCUCCGUCCCGCCGCGGGUGUGGAGGCCCUUGUUUGCGAGGUUGUCCAAUCGGGUGUUGAGGCAUCAAUUUCCCGUUUGUAAUACAAAAUGACUGAAAAUUGCAAAUUUCGCAAGGCUAUAUUAUUCGCAUUUUUACAACAUUUCGCAACGAAACUUUGGAAUAUUACUAAUUUUGUGAGGCUCUUUCAAGCUGUGAUGAAAUUUUUGUCUAGAUCAAAAUUUAGUCUAUAAUGCAAAUGGUCCAUUUGCUGUAAGAUCCCUUGGGACAAGCGACAUUUAAAUACAUCAGAGGAAAGAUGGUCACUCACUGAUGGCGAGAAUUAAAUUAAGUUAAAAAUCGUAUCUAUAAUUUUUAUUUAUCUUUCGCUUACCUCAAGUUAGAUUGCCACUACUACUAUAAAGCCUGUUCCAUACAGUAAAAGAAUUUUCAGGGACGUCCUGGGCCACUUUCAGUAAAUGGCGAUUAACAAAAUCAUUUGUUGUUUUAAUAGAAGGCCAUAAAGACGAUGAACCAACCGUCACCAGAAAACUUAUGGAUGACCAAUUUCGGCAUGCCAAGAUGAAAGGCAUUAAGAUUUUCAAAGAGGAAGAGAUUAAGAAAUCUAAAGCGGAACUGGAAAGGAUAAGGAAGCGUUUUUGGAAUGAGAAAGCAGAGCAACUUAGUACUCAUCCUUCAACAGCAAAACUCUCAAAAAGUGCAUUUAAUGGAAUAAUAGAUGUUGCAUGGACUCUGCGAAAAACUAGUUUUAUCGAAGACGACGCAAGAAAGCUUGAUUCUGACGAAACAGAUUUAUUUCCAUAUGAAGACAGCACAACAACUACAAGAAAAUUGGGCAAGCAAAAGAAAAAUACCAUUCCAAAAAACUUGGAUAGAAUGGAUUUAGCACACAAGAAUUUGUUGAAGAUAGACAAAAAAGUGGAACAGUGCCGAGAGAAAUUUUCCAAAGCGAAAACCGCGUAUGAAAAGGAUACGCUUGUGAAACAGUACAAUGCAUUGAAAACAAUUCUUAAUGGAGUGUAUACGGAACUGAAACGAGCACAAGACGCUGCUGUAAAAUCUAUCCGACACAAGAAGCACCUGCUUAAUAAGCGUCUAAUGGAGAAAAGCCCUUGA